AGAUGAGCAGCGCCAUGGCUCCCAGGGCGAUGGGAUAGCGAGCGAGCGGGAGGAGGAGAAGGCCAAGGCCCUCACACAGGCAGAAGAUGGCGGAUGCCAAGCAGAAGCGGAACGAGCAGCUGAAGCGCUGGCUUGGCUCAGAGACCGAGCUCGAGCCGCCCGUCCUCAAGAAGAAGAAAACUAAGGUCAAGUUCGACGAUGGCGCCGUGUUCCUGGCCGCCUGCUCGAGCGGCGACACCGACGAAGUGAAGAAGCUUUUGGACCGCGGCUCGGACAUUAACUACGCCAAUGUGGACGGACUGACCGCCCUGCACCAGGCAUGUAUAGAUGAUAAUCUGGAUAUGGUGAAAUUCCUAGUGGAACAUUCUGCAAAUAUUAAUCAGCCAGACAAUGAAGGUUGGAUACCAUUACAUGCUGCUGCUUCCUGUGGGUAUGCAGACAUAGCAGAGUAUUUAAUUAGUCAUGGAGCAAACGUAGCUGCAGUCAACAGUGAAGGAGAAACUCCAUUAGAUAUAGCUGAAGAAGAAGCCAUGGAAGAACUCUUGCAGGAAGAAAUUAGUAGGCAAGGAGUGGAUAUAGAAGCUGCCCGGAAAGAAGAAGAACGAAUAAUGCUUCGCGAUGCCAGGCAAUGGUUAAAUAGCGGGCAAAUAAAUGAUAACAGGCAUCCCAAAUCUGGGGGAACAGCUCUCCAUGUAGCUGCAGCUAAAGGCUACUCAGAAGUUUUGAAGCUCCUAAUCCAGGCAGGUUAUGAUGUAAAUAUCAAAGACUAUGAUGGCUGGACCCCACUUCACGCUGCAGCACACUGGGGUAAAGAGGAAACCUGCCGAAUCCUGGUGGAAAGCUUCUGCGAUAUGGAGAUGAUCAACAAAGUGGGGCAGACAGCUUUUGAUGUAGCUGAUGAAGACAUUCUUGGGUACUUGGAAGAGUUGCAAAAAAGGCAGAAUAUGCUUUUCCGGGAGAAACAAGCAAAUAAAUCCCCUUUGAUAGAGUCAACUGCGACAAUGGAGAACAACCAAGAAUUAAAACCCAUCAAAAGUAAAGAAACUCUGCUGAAUGAACAAAAGGUCCCAGUGCACAUAGAGUCUCUUGAGCAGGAGAAAGUGGACGAUGAAGAAGAGGGUAAGAAAGAUGAUUCAAGUUGUUCCAGUGAAGAAGAGGAGGAGGAAGACUCCGAGUCAGAAGCUGAAACAGAAAAAAACAAACCUAUAGCACAUGUAAAUAACGUAAACCGGAUCAACAGUGGAGGUAUCCAGUCUGCAGCAGUAGCUCCAACAAGUGUACCCACAAAUCAAGUUGCGCCAGCAUCACCAGUGAAAAAAUUAGCCACUCCGUUCAUCAAAUCUUCAAAAGAGGAAGAAAAAAAGAGGAAAGAUGAAGAAGAGAAGAAAGAUGCAUCCCCAGCAUCUUGGAGGUCUGGACUUCGCAAGACUGGAAGCUACGGUGCAUUGGCUGAAAUUAGCACUUCCAAAGAGGCACAAAAAGAGAGAGAUGUUACAGGUGUGAUGCGAUCAGCCUCCAGUCCCCGACUCUCUUCUACUCUGGAUAAUAAAGAGAAGGACAAAGAUCAGAAAGGGGCAAAGCUUGCUUAUGUUGUACCUACCAUCCCGUCCAGAAGAUUGGCCAGUACAUCAGAUAUUGAUGAGAGAGAAAUUAGAGAUUCUGCAAGUACCUUAGUACGUAGUAGUUCUUACACACGGCGACGCUGGGAAGAAGAUCUGAAGAGGAAAGAAAUCAACCAUGCAUCCACCAGCGAGGGGUCAGCUACGCAAAAUGCUGCUGUCACCAGUGUCGUGCCUGGUUAUCAAAGGAGUAAUUCGUAUCUGCUAGCAAUAGGCAGAAGUAACAGUGCCAGAGAUCUCCCAACCAGCUCUUCCUCAGCCAUCAGCUUGGAUCCUACUAAUACCAAGCCUAGGCCACCAUCUUCAACUCAGUACUCAUCUUACAGCAUCUACAAAAGUAGUUCUUUUGGUAGAAGGAAAGAGGAUUUGAUCAGUCCUAUUCAAAGUGCCAUUUCAACCAACACCAUUGCAACCAUUACCUCAUCAAGCAGCCUGCAGCCUGUUCCCAGGAGCACUGCAUCCACACCAUCUGGCAGUACCUCAAAUCGGUUCUCGACGGGGGACAAUGCAGAAAGAGACAAAGAAAAUGUUCCUUCAACGGUUGCUACAACUGGCACUGUCUCUUCAACAGCAGAGGUCAGGGAGAGACGCAGGUCGUAUUUAACUCCUGUUCGAGAUGAAGAAUCUGAGUCACAAAGAAAAGCCAGGUCGAGACAAGCGAGGCAAUCAAGGAGGUCAACACAGGGCGUUACACUAACAGACCUACAAGAAGCUGAGAAAACGAUUGGGAGAAGUCGCUUAGACCGUCGAACUAGAGAACAGGAAGACAAAGAAAAGGAGGAGAAAGAAAAGCAAGACCGAGAAAAGCAAGAGGACAAGAAUCAAGUGGAAAUUCAUGAUGACGAUCGACAACGGUUUAGUAAAAACACCGAAGAGCCUUAUCAACGUACCAGGUCAAGUACCACGACAACUUCGACUGCCACCGUCUCUGCCUUCAAUAGUUCACAUGUGGCAUCCCAACUAAAUCGACCCAACAGCCUUAUCGGCAUUACGUCUGCUUACUCUGCAUACAACAGAAGUUCUGGAGAAGUGGAUAAAGAAAUGGACAAAAGGGAGGAUGAGAGAGAUGGAGAGGAGAAAUUAGAUGACAAGUCACAAAAUAAACCAUCGAUAAGAGAGCGUAGGCGGCCUAGGGAAAAGCGGAGAUCGACAGGUGUUUCUUACUGGACGCAGGAUAGUGAUGAAAAUGAACAGGAACAGCAGUCUGACACAGAAGAUGGAACAAACAAAAAAUGUCAGAACGACAGACUUUCAAGGUUUGACACAGGGCUUUCUACUACACAUAAUGAGGGUCCUGAACAGUUAGCUAAUCGGACAGGUUUCUCUACUUAUAGGGGAAGCAAGCAAGCAUCUCUCAGGACAGAAAAGGAAGACACGCUGGAUUAUAAAAAGCUUUAUGAGCAGUUCUUGGCAGAAAAUGAGAAACUGAAGGCGAGUCUACAUGACACCAACUUGGAAUUGAAUGAGUUGAAAGUGCAAUUAGAGAAAACCACACAGAGGCAAGAAAGGAUAGCUGAUCGGUCGCUGCUAGAGAUGGAGAAAAGGGAAAGAAGAGCUCUGGAAAGGAAAAUUGCAGAAAUGGAAGAGGAGCUUAAGAUGCUACCAGAUUUGAAAGCAGACAACCAGAGGCUGAAAGAUGAAAAUGGGGCCUUGAUCAGAGUCAUCAGCAAACUUUCCAAGUAAAUAGGAUUCUGCUUGCUGUUGAUGCCAUUUCGUGAAAACUGAUCCACUCUGAAUUCAAUUGCACACAUUUCAGCAAAGUGAUCAAAAAGAGAUGGAAGUGACCAACCAGGCUCCCACCUAUAAAAAAGAUGUUUUGUGUGUGUGCGUGUGUGUGUGCGCGUGUGUGUGUAUAUAUAUAUAUAUAUAUAUAUAUAUAAAACCAUUUUAACAGAUGUUAAAACUGCUGAAGUGGAUGACUGAAAAUCUUGUUUACAGUUUUGAGGAAAGUGUUUAAAGGCAGAAGCGCCUUGAUAUUAAACCAAUAAGCCUUACUUGUAUAUAAAACACUUGCAUCAACAAACUGCUUUCAUUGUACAAUGAAGACAGUUAAGAAUACAACUAAAUGUUACUGUGCCACAGAAUUAUUUUCCUUUCUCACAUGCUUAAAAAAUGUUUAAUAUGUGCUUAACCACCUAUGUGCCAGUUCAAUUUGGGACAGCAUUCACAACCAUCCCGUUUUGGAAAAGAAUCGACUAAGGCCAAGCAAGGAGGUAACUGUGAAUUCUAAUUUCCUUCCCCCCCCCC